AUGAGACUGCUGGGGACGCUGCUAAUUUUGGUACCCCUGCAAGUGAAGGCGCGCAGUGACGUUCUUAGCAGAGUGAACUCGAAACUACCGAGGGCGACCCUCAGUACCGUUCGCGCGAAGAGGCCUACUAGGGCGACAUACAUCGUACACAGACUAGUACCUAGGGAGAGAAAAACGAGGUACUACUCCCUCGUAAGCAGAAAGGUGAGUGCCCACCUAAGGAGCGCUCCGUUGGAAAGUAUGAAGCAAAGUCACGUUGAAGCAAGCGGCUCAGGCGCCGCAGAAGUUACCCCUAUAGAGGAGCAAAUCGAAAGGUGCAGCCAAGAAAUAUCAACCCUUGUCGAGAGGAACGAAUGUAUCAGAGGAAUAAAUGAUGAAGUGUUUAAGAAGGAAUACGAUGAGAAUGAGAAGUCGUUGGAAGAGAAGAAACGAAAAUUGAAAUUCCUGUAUAGUGUUCCGAGUGAGUCACUAAAUUUGGUGAAUAACAGAACAAAGAUAGAUAACCUAGCCAAAAGGAAGCUCUUUUACACAAACUCCUUUGAGAUAUAUGGAGGUUCUUCAGGGCUAAUCGAUUACGGUCCUUCUGGCUGUCUCCUAAAAUCAGAACUAGAGAAUCUAUGGAGAUAUCAUUUCAUUUUUUACGAUGAGAUGCUGGAAAUCUCCGCAACGUGCAUAACCCCCUACACUGUUUUGAAAACAUCUGGACAUGUGGAUCGAUUCACAGAUCUUAUGAUCAGGGAUGCGGUUACGGGGGACUUUUAUCGGGCGGAUAAAUAUAUAGCGGAGUACUUAACAAAUAGGGUCGAGGAGGGGAAGAAGAAGCCAAACAAUACGGUGAAGAGGAUAGAACAGGAUGAGGGGUCGAUGGAUAAAAGGGAUAACCAAAUGGAUGAUGCCGAACAAAUGAUGGCUGUCGUAAGGAGACUUGAUGGAAUGAACGAGCAAGAAAUAAAAGGCAUUAUGAAGCAGUACGACAUAAAGUCUCCUGGCAAGAAUGACUUUGUAGGUCCCUUCCCCUUCAAUCUCAUGUUUCAGACAAGAAUAGGCCCGAAGGAAGACGUAGAGAAUAACAAUGCACAGAGGGGUAAAUCAAAUGAAUCAUCUACACAUGCAGAAACAAAUCAUCUGAACAACAUUGCAUUUCUGAGGCCAGAAACUGCACAAGGAAUUUUUGUAAAUUUUAAAAAGUUGCUAGAGUACAACGGAGGAAAGAUGCCCUUCGCAGGGGCGCAAAUCGGACUCGGUUUUCGAAAUGAAAUAUCUCCAAGAAAUGGACUUCUUCGUGUACGUGAGUUUGAGAUGGCAGAAAUUGAAUACUUUGUAAACCCUGAAAAGAAAUGCCACGAAAAAUACCACCUGUUCAAACAUUUAAUCCUUCCCCUGUACCCACGAGAGGAACAACUGGCCAGUGGAGAACACAGUCGUGUAGUCUACAUGGAGAUAGAAGAAGCAGUCACCAAGGGUAUUAUUGCUAAUGAAGCCUUGGCGUACUUCCUUGCAAGGACCUAUCUAUUCCUUCUAAAGUGCGGCAUUAACAAAGAUGGUCUACGUUUUCGACAACACCUACCAACUGAGAUGGCUCACUAUGCGAAUGACUGUUGGGACGCAGAGAUUUUGACAUCCUACGGAUUUAUCGAGGUGGUGGGACACGCCGACAGAUCUGCAUAUGACUUGAAGAAUCACAUGAAGGUUACAGGAGCAAACUUAUAUGCCUGCGAAAAGUAUGAUACCCCCGUGGAGGAAGAACAUAUAAAAAUAUCUCCAAACAAGGCAAAGAUGGGAAUGAAGUUUAAGAGCCAACAAAAUGUUAUCUACCAAUGGCUGAAUGAGAGAACAAAGGAGGAAUUGUUAUCCAUCGAUGAGGAGUUGAACAGGAAGAACUCCUACGUUGUGAACAUAGAAGGUAGUGGUGCUUCGUCCACCCCCAUGUCAUUCGAAUUAACCAGAGAUAUGAUCAAGUUUGAUAAAUAUAAAAAGAAAGUGCAGGAAAGGAAUUUUAUUCCAAAUGUGAUUGAGCCUUCCUUUGGUAUUGGUCGACUCAUUUUUUGCAUUAUCGAGCAUUCAUUUAGAACCCGCACCUUUACAGAUGACAAGGAGGAAAGACACUACUUGUCUCUACCUUAUACACUGGCACCUAUAAAAUGUUCCGUGUUAACCAUAUCGAAUCAUAAAACGUUCAUUCCUUUCGUGAAGCAGGUUCAAAUGAUACUAAAUGAAUUUAGCAUUUCCUCCAAAAUUGAUAACUCUAGUGUCUCUAUUGGAAAGAAGUACGCUCGGACAGACGAAAUCGGAAUCCCUUUUGCAGUCACCAUCGACUUCCAGACACUGAAGGAUAAGACAGUCACACUUCGUGAGCGAGACUCCAUGCUGCAGGUCAGGAUCGACCUCUCAGAUCUGGUCGAAAUUGUGACUUCCCUGCUUAGGCAGAAAAAGACCUGGGCCGAUUACGUUGCUCAGUAUGGCCUCUUCACGCAGCAAAAUUUAGAUCCCUAG